AGGCCUACAUUCCUAUCUUAACAAAUUGAUCCACGCCCACAUCGACCAAUCUCAUAAGGCAUUUGUUGUUCUUGUUGUUAUUGCCACUGCUGCUGUUGCUUGUCCAGACUUCUACACCCCGUUCUCUUCUAUUCAGAUCUCACCUUCAUCAUGUCGAAUCUUUAAAGCUCAUUUAGUGGCAGUUUAUGGGAUAUACCCUGGACAUCGAUACGACGUGACAGCCACACUUCUCGGACGAGUAUAGAGAAACUUAGAGAGAGCGAAAGAGACGCAAGGAGAUUUUGCGUCACGGAAAACGUUAGGCACGACGUCAUACGCUACGAUGGCGCCAGAUGCGACGAGAAGUAACGACCGCUUGGCAGGUUCACAACAUUUCACAAUGAAGACUUCGGGGAGACCAACACUGGUCACCUCUCAUUCUCACCAUGGAGGACACACAUCACGCCACAUGCAGGCAAAUAUGCAGUCAUUCCGCUCAAACCGCACCUCGACUCCUACGGCCUCGCCUCGCAUGCCUCAUUCUGUCGGCCAACCUUACCCUCCGAGCGUAAAAGUGUCGCCCAACCUGGUUUCCGAUGGCCGCACACCAAGCCCUAAUUAUUUCGGCCUGAGCCUAGACAAACACGGUGACAUUGGCGACUCUGCUGAUGCCAACGUGCAAAACAACUGGAGCCCUCAUAGCUCGUCUGUCAAGCCGUUCGGUGCUGCCAUACCUAAACAAGUACCUUUGGAUGCUAAUCCAGAAUUCGAGGCCUUCAGACGUCAAAUUGAUGCCAACAAAAUGAAUGGUUUCAACUUAAAUGGUUCCUACUUCUCGCCUACUUCAUCCCGCCCGCCCGCUUUCCGCCGACCCACUAACCAGAGCGAUGCCGUGUCCGACGCUUCGAUAUCAAAACCCAUGGAUACCAAGUCCCGGGAUCUGAUGGGAAACCAGGCAGAUGUCGAUGGAGAUAGCCUCCACGAUUCUGCCUACGUAUCGUCGGACUCGAAACGGAAUUCCGAAAUCUCUUUACAUGCGCCAUCCUUACAUAUGCCCCGAUUCGAGUCACCUGUGACCGCUAGUUCUCCUUUUGAGCCGAUGCGUAGAGGAACCCUGUCGAAAGGAGACGACCGGCAAUCUAGGCUUUCGCUACCCCAUAACAAAGUUGAAGCAAUGAUGGAAGGCGGAGUCAAACCACGAUCUGAGACACAGCCGCCGUCUUUUGAACCCGCAGCACCCGGUCUGUUACUACCUAGCGAACUCAAGAGCCUGAUGCAAGACACGCCAGAGAACGACUUGCUGUUGUUGGAUGUACGUGUCGCAACGCUUUAUGCCAAGUCCCGUAUUCGUGGUGCCCUCAAUCUAUGUAUCCCUACGACGCUUUUGAAACGAGCUACCUUCAACCUCGAUAAACUCCAGAAUACCUUACAAACAGAAGAAGAUCAGGCCAAAUUUUCUGGUUGGGCUGAGGCAAAAUACUUAAUCAUCUACGAUAACGCAUCUUGUGAAAAACGCGAUGCCGCAGCCGCAAUGAACAUGUUCAAAAAAUUCAUGAACGAGGGUUUCACAGGUCGCUCGUGCUUGUUAAAGGGGGGUUUCCAGGCAUUCGCCGCUGCCUUUCCAUCCUGCAUCGACUACCAAUCUGCAGCUGAACGGGGUGGAACAUCGACUGUUUCAACCCAAGGUGGUCGGCCGAGCUUUGCUCCGGUCAUCGGCGGUGUGGCGCUUCCGGCGACUGCUAAUAAUCCAAAUCCUUUUUUCAGUAACAUUCGACAGAACAUGGACUUGGCCGACGGUGUUGGGCAAAUGGACAUUUCGGUUCCAUCAAACCUGGACUCGAGCGUGUUACCAGAAUGGCUUCGAGAAGCUACUCAGAAAGCCGAUCAUGGGAAGAAGGUAUCAGAACGCUUUCUCAAUAUUGAACGUAAUGAACAAGCUCGCAUGAGGGAUGCGUACGCGGCUUUCAACACGGCGAUUCCUUCGAGCUUGAAACCUGGAAAAGUACAGUUAUGCGGUGUGGAAAAGGGGGGUAAGAACAGGUACAAGGACAUUCUCCCGUUUGAGCAUGCUCGUGUUCGCUUGGAAAAUGUCGGAGCAGGAUCUUGUGACUACAUCAAUGCCAGCCAUAUUCAAGCCUCUCGAAGUCAUAAGCGUUAUAUCGCUGCGCAAGGCCCGUUGCCUGCGACGUUUGAGGAUUUCUGGUCUGUGGUAUGGGACCAAGACGUUCGUGUCGUGGUCAUGUUGACAGCUGAGCAAGAGGGUGGCCAGCUCAAAUGCCACCCUUAUUGGCAAGGAAGGGAAUUUGGUCCGAUCAAAUUGAAGCCAUUAUCUGAGAAGAAGGUUUCUCUUGAUAUUGACAAGCACUCAUCAAACCCUGCACCUGCAUCAUCUUCUGUAGGCAAUGCUGAGUUUGGUCGCCGACGUGCUAACACAACGACAACUCUCGACCCUUCGUCUAAUGGUGCCCAGGCUCAGAGUGACUCACAUUAUGUGAUUAUUCGAAAAUUCGCUUUAUCCCACGCUGCCCACCCCUUUGAACCGAUGCGCGAGAUUACCCAUCUCCAUUAUCCCUCAUGGCCGGACUUCGGUACCCCUGCUCAACCCUCUCACCUCUUGGCGCUUGUGGAAUUGGCGAAUGUAAUGCAAAGGUCUGCGCUUCCUGUGGAUUCCAAAGCGGUCACUGCCUCGGUCAACGCAGAGCAUCCGGCCACGAUGAGCUGGUGCGAAGAACCAGAAUCGGAGGCAAAGGCCCGACCCCUGUUGGUGCAUUGUUCGGCCGGCUGCGGUCGCACCGGAGCAUUCUGUACCGUUGAUAGCGUGAUUGACAUGCUGAAGAGGCAACGGCUUGCUUCCCUCGCUAACAGAGCGCGGCGGGAUACGGACGGAGAUGUGUCCAUGGAAGACAGAACAUACUCGCCGAAGAAGGCCAAGCAUAGCAACUGGCCCGAUGAGUAUUAUUCGGGGAAUUUCAAAGGUAUCGAUGCCGGUUGGGUUGGCGAUACCCAUCUGGACUUGAUUGCGACUACCGUCGAGGAUUUCCGAAAACAGAGACUUAGUAUGGUACAAAGUUUACGACAGUAUGUUCUCUGCUAUGAGAGUAUUACGGAGUGGGUUUGGAGAUUACAGGAGAAGAACGCUGGUGGUGCGAAUAAUCGGGGUCGAAUUAGGAGUGGGAGUCUUCAGGGCCCUAGGUGAUACCAACUUGUUGGGUUUGUGUUGGAUUUUUUGAGAGCGAAUCUGUGGGUUUCGCGGAGGACAAAACCGACAGCCUCUAGGAUUCGAUCCGUCGAC